CAGAUACGGAAAAGUCAAAACAAAAAAGACAAACCGAAACUUGAAAACGCAAAUUUCGCCAUUGCAUGAUUUUUAAUUGUUGAAUUUGUAAAUUGUGUUCUCUGUGAAAAUAAACAAAAAUUAGUUGGAUAUAAAAAUGACAUCAGUCGACGAGAAUAAAAACCAAGAAAAACAAACAGAAAGAACUACAAGAAGUUCCACCAACAAAGAGAUAAGCACAGGCGACGUGUAUCUGAUCCGUCGCUCCGAUGGCGACGUCUACCCUGCUCAAAUAAUCCAAUCCAGGUGUAACGAGAAUGAUUUUGCAAAUAGUGAAUUCUAUGUCCAUUACGUCGGUUUGAAUAGACGCCUCGACGAAUGGGUACGUCGUGAUCGCAUAACCGAUGCCACCGAAGCCGACAAAGGAAAAAACUCGGCAUCAACACCCAUGGACACAAACAACAGUGCAAAAACCCUACAGCAGCUAAGCAAGGAACAGAUAGCGUCACUUGAGAAUCCAACAUCGGCCGAGAACAGUGACAGAAAAGUGACUAGGAACCAGAAGAGACGACAUGAUGAAAUCAACCAUGUGCAAAAGACCUACGCCGAAAUGGAUCCCACAACUGCUGCCCUGGAGAAGGAACACGAAGCCAUUACCAAAGUAAAGUACAUUGACAAACUAAGAAUUGGGAAAUUCGAAAUCGAUUCGUGGUAUUUCAGUCCGUAUCCAGAUGAAUACGGAAAAGUUGGGACGUUAUUUGUCUGCGAGUACUGUCUUAAGUACAUGAAGCUAGAGAGGACAUAUCGCUACCACACCACAGAGUGCAGCCAACGCCAACCGCCUGGCAAUGAGAUCUACCGCAAAGGGACUGUCUCGAUUUUUGAGAUCGACGGAAAAGACCAUAAACUCUAUUGCCAAACACUGUGCUUGAUGGCAAAACUCUUCUUAGACCACAAAACCUUGUACUAUGACGUCGAACCAUUUUACUUUUAUGUGUUGUGUGAGAUCGACAAGAAAGGUGCUCACAUUGUGGGUUAUUUCUCCAAGGAAAAAGAAUCUCCGGAGAGCAACAAUGUUGCAUGCAUAUUGAUUCUGCCUCCGUAUCAAAGAAAAGGCUACGGGAAACUGUUAAUCGCUUUUAGCUACGAACUCUCACGUCGCGAAGGAGUUGUUGGCAGUCCCGAGAAACCUCUGAGUGAUCUGGGUCGUCUGAGCUAUAGGAGCUUCUGGGCGUAUACCCUUUUGGAGUUAAUGAAAGACAAUCGGACGACCACACAGAGUAUUAAGGAGCUCAGUGAGUUGAGUGGAAUUACACAGGACGACAUCAUCUAUACCCUGCAGUCAAUGAAAAUGGUCAAGUACUGGAAGGGUCAGCAUGUUAUUUGCGUCACGCCGAGGACAGUUAUUGAACAUCUACAGUUGCCGCAGUUCAAGAAACCGAAGUUGACUAUUGACUCGGCCUACUUGCGAUGGAUUCCGCCAAAGCGGAACACGGCUGUGGGUGCUAAAUUUAAGAAGAACUUAUUAAAUUAAAUGUAUUUUUAUUUAUACCCACUUGAAUGUAUUAUUAUAUAGAUUUUCGAUUGUUUGAUCCUUUUUCGAUAAAAUAAACUGCACGAAAAAUACA